AUGGCGCCCGGGAACCGGUGGCGGCCGCCGUCGCUGCCUCUGCUGCUGCUGCUGACGCUCGCGGCAGGUGCGGGCGGCCUGGAGUUUGGCGGCGGCCCCGGGCAGUGGGCGCGCUACGCGCGAUGGGCCGGCGCGGCGAGCAGCGGCGAGCUCAGCUUCAGCCUACGCACCAACGCCACGCGCGCGCUGCUGCUCUACCUGGACGACGGCGGCGACUGCGACUUCCUGGAGCUACUGCUGGUGGACGGGCGCCUGCGGUUGCGCUUCACGCUCUCGUGCGCCGAGCCCGCCACGCUGCAGCUGGACACGCCGGUGGCCGACGACCGCUGGCACAUGGUGCUGCUGACCCGCGACGCGCGCCGUACCGCCCUGUCGGUGGACGGCGAGGCCCGCGCCGCCGAGGUGCGCUCGAAGCGGCGCGAGAUGCAGGUGGCCAGCGACCUGUUCGUGGGAGGCAUCCCACCCGACGUGCGACUCUCGGCGCUCACGCUCAGCACCGUCAAGUACGAGCCGCCCUUCCGCGGCCUCCUGGCCAACCUGAAGCUGGGCGAGCGGCCCCCCGCGCUGCUGGGCAGCCAGGGCCUGCGCGGCGCUGCCGCCGACCCCCUGUGCGCCCCCGCGCGCAACCCCUGUGCCAACGGCGGCCUCUGCACUGUGCUGGCCCCCGGCGAGGUGGGCUGCGACUGCAGCCACACGGGCUUCGGUGGCAAGUUCUGCAGCGAAGGUGAGCCCGGGGGAGCCGCCGCUGGGCUCCUGGGCACGGGACCCUCUUCCAUUUCCCCACGGUGGCGUCCAGGCAAGGAAGAGUUUGUGGCGACCUUCAAAGGCAAUGAGUUCUUCUGCUAUGACCUGUCACACAACCCGAUCCAGAGCAGCACGGACGAGAUUACGCUGGCCUUCCGCACCCUGCAGCGCAAUGGGCUGAUGCUGCACACGGGCAAGUCGGCCGACUACGUCAACCUGUCCCUCAAAUCCGGGGCGGUCUGGCUCGUCAUCAACCUGGGCUCAGGAGCCUUUGAAGCCCUGGUGGAACCCGUCAAUGGCAAGUUCAACGACAACGCCUGGCACGAUGUCCGGGUCACUCGAAACCUGCGCCAGCACGCAGGCAUUGGACACGCUAUGGUGACCAUCUCGGUGGACGGGAUCCUGACCACCACAGGCUACACGCAGGAGGACUACACCAUGCUGGGCUCUGACGACUUCUUCUACAUUGGGGGCAGCCCCAACACGGCCGACCUGCCGGGCUCGCCCGUCAGCAACAACUUCAUGGGCUGCCUCAAGGACGUGGUCUAUAAGAACAACGACUUCAAGCUGGAACUGUCCCGCCUGGCGAAGGAAGGAGACCCCAAGAUGAAGCUGCAGGGGGACCUGUCAUUCCGCUGUGAGGAUGUGGCUGCCCUGGACCCCGUGACCUUUGAGAGCCCCGAGGCCUUUGUGGCACUGCCCCGCUGGAGCGCCAAGCGCACAGGCUCCAUCUCCCUAGACUUCCGCACCACGGAGCCCAACGGGCUGCUGCUCUUCAGCCAGGGCCGGCGGGCCGGGGCAGGGCCUGGCAGCCCCAGCACUGCCCAGCGGGCCGACUACUUUGCCAUGGAGCUAUUGGAUGGCUACCUCUACCUUCUGCUGGACAUGGGCUCAGGGGGCAUCAAGCUGCGGGCGUCCAGCCGCAAGGUCAACGACGGCGAGUGGUGCCACGUGGACUUCCAGAGGGAUGGGCGCAAAGGCUCCAUCUCGGUGAACAGCCGCAGCACUCCGUUCUUGGCCACCGGAGAGAGUGAGAUCCUGGACCUGGAGAGCGAGCUGUACCUGGGCGGUCUCCCUGAAGGCGGGCGGGUGGACUUGCCCCUGCCCCCGGAGGUGUGGACCGCAGCGCUGCGGGCUGGCUACGUGGGCUGCGUGCGGGACCUCUUCAUAGACGGGCGGAGUCGAGAUCUCCGGAGCCUGGCCGAGGCGCAGGGGGCUGUGGGCGUGGCCCCUUUCUGCUCCCGGGAGACGCUGAAGCAGUGUGCCUCUGCUCCCUGCCGCAACGGGGGCGCCUGCCGGGAGGGCUGGAACCGCUUCGUCUGUGACUGCAUCGGGACCGGCUUCCUGGGGCGGGUCUGUGAGAGAGAGGCUACGGUCCUGAGCUACGACGGCUCCAUGUACAUGAAGAUCAUGCUGCCGAACGCCAUGCACACGGAGGCGGAGGACGUGUCCCUGCGCUUCAUGUCCCAGCGGGCUUACGGGCUCAUGAUGGCCACCACCUCCAGGGAGUCCGCGGACACCCUGCGCCUGGAGCUGGACGGGGGCCAGAUGAAGCUCACUGUCAACCUCGACUGCCUGCGCGUCGGCUGCGCACCCAGUAAAGGCCCCGAGACGCUCUUUGCGGGGCACAAGCUCAAUGACAAUGAGUGGCACACAGUGAGGGUGGUGCGACGGGGCAAGAGCCUGCAGCUGUCGGUGGACAACGUGACCGUGGAGGGACAGAUGGCAGGGGCCCACACGCGGCUGGAGUUCCACAACAUUGAGACGGGCAUCAUGACGGAGCGGCGCUUCAUCUCUGUGGUGCCCUCCAACUUCAUCGGGCACCUGAGCGGGCUGGUGUUCAACGGCCAGCCCUACAUGGACCAGUGCAAGGACGGGGACAUCACCUACUGUGAGCUCAAUGCUCGUUUUGGCCUGCGUGCCAUCGUGGCCGAUCCCGUCACCUUCAAGAGUCGCAGCAGCUACCUGGCGCUUGCCACGCUCCAAGCUUAUGCCUCCAUGCACCUCUUCUUCCAAUUCAAGACCACGGCCCCCGACGGGCUCCUCCUGUUCAACUCAGGAAAUGGCAACGACUUCAUCGUCAUCGAGCUGGUCAAGGGGUACAUCCACUACGUGUUUGACCUGGGGAAUGGCCCGUCCUUGAUGAAGGGGAACUCAGACAAACCAGUCAAUGACAACCAGUGGCACAACGUGGUGGUGUCCAGGGACCCGGGCAACGUGCACACGCUCAAGAUUGACUCCCGCACUGUCACGCAGCACUCCAAUGGCGCCCGAAACCUCGAUCUCAAAGGGGAGCUGUACAUUGGCGGUCUGAGCAAGAGCAUGUUCAACAACCUGCCCAAGCUCGUGGCCUCUCGGGAUGGCUUCCAGGGCUGCCUGGCCUCGGUGGACCUCAACGGGCGCCUCCCUGACCUCAUCGCUGACGCCCUGCACCGCAUCGGGCAGGUGGAGAGGGGCUGUGACGGCCCCAGCACCACCUGCACCGAAGAGUCUUGUGCCAACCAGGGCGUCUGCUUGCAGCAGUGGGACGGCUUCACCUGCGACUGCACCAUGACGUCCUAUGGAGGCCCCGUCUGCAAUGACCCUGGAACCACGUACAUCUUUGGGAAGGGGGGAGCGCUCAUCACCUACACGUGGCCCCCCAAUGACCGGCCGAGCACAAGGAUGGACCGCCUGGCCGUGGGCUUCAGCACGCACCAGCGGAGCGCCGUGCUGGUGCGGGUCGACAGCGCCUCGGGCCUCGGGGACUACCUGCAGCUGCACAUCGACCAGGGCACCGUCGGGGUGAUCUUUAACGUGGGCACGGACGACAUUACCAUCGACGAGCCCAACGCCAUCGUGAGCGACGGCAAAUACCACGUGGUGCGCUUCACUCGAAGUGGUGGCAACGCCACCUUGCAGGUGGACAGCUGGCCGGUCAACGAGCGGUACCCGGCAGGAAACUUUGAUAACGAGCGCCUGGCGAUUGCUAGACAGAGAAUCCCCUACCGGCUUGGUCGAGUAGUUGAUGAGUGGCUGCUCGACAAAGGCCGCCAGCUGACCAUCUUCAACAGCCAGGCUGCCAUCAAGAUCGGGGGCCGGGAUCAGGGCCGCCCCUUCCAGGGCCAGGUGUCCGGCCUCUACUACAAUGGGCUCAAGGUGCUGGCGCUGGCCGCCGAGAGCGACCCCAACGUGCGGACCGAGGGCCACCUGCGCCUGGUGGGGGAGGGGCCGUCCGUGCUGCUCAGCGCGGAGACCACGGCCACCACCCUGCUGGCCGACAUGGCCACCACCAUCAUGGAGACCACCACCACCAUGGCCACCACCACCACGCGCCGGGGCCGCUCCCCCACGCUGAGGGACAGCACCACCCAGAACACAGAUGACCUCCUGGUGGCCUCGGCCGAGUGCCCGAGCGAUGACGAGGACCUGGAGGAGUGUGAACCCAGUACUGGAGGAGAGUUAAUAUUGCCCAUAAUCACGGAGGACUCCUUAGACCCCCCUCCCGUGGCCACCCGAUCCCCCUUCGUGCCCCCACCCCCCACCUUCUACCCCUUCCUCACGGGCGUGGGUGCCACCCAAGACACCCUGCCCCCGCCUGCGGCCCGCCGCCCGCCUGCCGGGGGCCCCUGCCAGGCCGAGCAGGACGACAGCGACUGCGAGGAGCCUAUCGAGGCCUCGGGCUUUGCCUCCGGGGAGGUCUUUGACUCCAGCCUCCCCCCCACGGACGACGAGGACUUUUACACCACCUUUCCCCUGGUCACGGACCGCACUACCCUCCUGUCCCCGCGCAAGCCCGCUCCCCGGCCCAACCUCAGGACAGAUGGGGCGACGGGCGCCCCUGGGGUGCUGCUCGCCCCCUCCGCCCCGGCCCCCAACCUGCCAGCGGGCAAAAUGAACCACCGAGACCCGCUGCAGCCCCUGCUGGAAAACCCACCCCUGGGGCCCGGGGCCCCCACGCCCUUCGAGCCGCGGAGGCCCCCUCCCCUGCGCCCCGGCGUGACCUCCGCUCCCGGCUUCCCCCGUCUGCCCACAGCCAACCCCACGGGGCCCGGGGAGCGGGGCCCGCCGGGCGCGGUGGAGGUGAUCCGGGAGUCCAGCAGCACCACGGGCAUGGUGGUGGGCAUCGUGGCGGCCGCGGCGCUCUGCAUCCUCAUCCUCCUCUAUGCCAUGUACAAGUACCGCAACCGCGACGAGGGCUCCUACCAGGUGGACCAGAGCCGGAACUACAUCAGUAACUCGGCCCAGAGCAACGGGGCGGUGGUGAAGGAGAAGGCCCCGGCCGCCCCCAAGACGCCCAGCAAGGCCAAGAAGAACAAAGACAAGGAGUAUUACGUCUGA